UUUUUUUUGUUGCUGUGACGUAGCCCGCAGCGAGGUGACGUCAGAGGGCGUGUCCACACAAAGGACAGAAGGGAGGCCACAAUGGGAGAGAGUUUUGGCGAGCAGCUGAUGGAGGACAGCGCCUUCCUCCGGGCGGACCGCAGGCUGGACACGGAGCUGGUGGACAGACUCAUCCUGCAGCUCAACAGGAUCUACCCGCAGGUGCUCACGGACAAGGAGGCCACCAAAUUCCGAAACCUGGACGUGCCCACUGGUUUUCGACUGGGUGAGCUCCUGACACACCUGCAGGGGAAAGGCGAGGAAGCAUGCAGGGAGUUUUACAGGGCUCUCCACCUGCAUGUAGAGGAGGUAUACUACAGCUUGCCCACACGGCUCCGCCUGAGAGAUUCCUUGGAUCCACUUGCAUAUCCACGUGUCUCCCAGCAAAGAUAUGAUCAAAACGAAAGAGGUCCCCUCUUCUUUCUGGGCUGUUUCAGUGUUGCCAUGGGAAUGGCUUUACUGUAUUACUUUGGUGAAGCUAAAGUGACGGGAGGCAGUCGGGCCCUCGGCAUGGCUGCUCUGGGCUUGAAAAGAAAGGCUCAGGAGGUUCUUAUUUGGUACACCGAAGAAAGCCUCAUGGUUUAGGAGGUGAUUCCCUCUCACCAGGUGCCUAAGUUGUACUGCUCAAAUGAAUGAUAUUCAUACCAAAGUGCAUUUAAAAAAAUCUUUUCAUAUACACA